CUUAUCGAAAUAAGACGGCACAAAGUUUUUCGGUUCGGUAUUCUGACGGUGUGUUCAAAUUGAUUCGGUUUGUUUCAAAAGGCAGCUCUUAUUUGUGCACCAUAGAAAUCAACCAGUGCCAAUAUAGGGGUAGCUUAAGUCCAAACGCAGUUGAUAAAACGUAUCCGCAAUAUCGGAGUUGGUUACUGAUUUUUAGUGGAUCCUAAACCACAAUUAGUAAAACCUUUAAUCGCAAAAAUAAUAGUUUACUUGGCAACACUGUCGAACGCAGUUGUUUAUUAGAAGGUUGGUCUUGGUAGUUUGGAACAGUUGAAACUGUCCGGAAGUGUUCUAAUUUUAUUUUUUGUCUUCAUUUUACUUUACUCAUAAUUUUUUAAAUUAUAAUACCUGAUAAGUAACCAAGUACCUGAAGCAUUUAUUGCAGACCCAAAAAUAGUAUUCUAAAUAGUGACGUGCAACCAGCAAGAUGUUGAAAAUUGCAAGAAUUUUCCAAAUCGUAGAGAGAGUUCAAAGUGCACAGCUCCAAAGGUUCCUUUCCACUGCCCCUGUGCUAUGUGGAAAAACCGUCCAAGCACGGGCAGUAGCAGAGAAGAAACCAGCCCCUGAAGAGGACCUAUCCUUCGUUAUGAAUGUCUUCAAAGGACAGGUAGAAUCAACACAAAUCUUCCCUUUCCCCAAAACUCUCACAGAAGAACAGAGGGAGACUUUGGAAAUGAUGAUUGACCCCACACAGAAGUUCUUUGAAGAAGUUAAUGACCCAGAUAAGAAUGAUGCAUUGGAGAAAGUUGCUGAUGAAUCACUGAAGGGCUUGUGGGAACUGGGAGCUUUCACCCUACAAGUACCACAAGACUUGGGAGGCUUGGGGUUGAAUAACACCCAGUACGCUAGACUCGUAGAAAUUGUAGGUGCCAAUGAUUUGGGUGUCGGGAUCGUACUAGGUGCCCAUCAGUCCAUUGGGUUUAAAGGUAUAUUACUUUUUGGAAACAAGGAACAGAAAGAAAAGUACUUACCUAGGGUGUCCUCAGGAGAGUUUGCAGCCUUUUGUCUUACAGAACCAUCAUCAGGCUCUGAUGCAGGCUCUAUAAAAACCAGGGCUGUUUUAUCAGAAGAUGGAAAACAUUAUAUACUCAAUGGAUCCAAAAUUUGGAUCAGUAAUGGAGGUCUGGCUGAGAUUAUGACAGUAUUUGCACAAACUCCAGUACAAGACCCAAAGACUGGAAAAACCAUUGAUAAGGUGACAGCUUUUAUUGUUGAAAGGUCAUUUGGAGGAGUUACUAAUGGUCCACCAGAGAAGAAAAUGGGAAUUAAAUGCUCAAAUACUGCUGAAGUAUAUUAUGAUAAUGUGCCUAUUCCAGUUGAAAAUGUGCUUGGUGGUGUAGGUAAUGGCUUUAAAGUGGCCAUGAACAUCCUGAACAAUGGCCGUUUUGGAAUGGCAGCAGCAUUAUCAGGCACAAUGAAGACCUGCAUCAAGAAAGCUGUUGAUUUUGCUACACAACGUACACAGUUUGGUCAAAGGAUUGAUAAUUUUGGUGGUAUACAAGAAAAAAUUGCCAAGAUGUCCAUGCUACAGUAUGUUACAGAAUCUAUGGCAUACAUGAUUUCAGGGGUAUUUAUCGUGAAACAAGAAACAAGUGAUUAUAUGCACAUCUGGAUGAUAACCUGUAGUCGUUGGUGUAGUCAGAAUUUCUGGCAAUAUGGACAGUGGAUCGAAACAUUACCAUUUGGAAGCCGCCAUAUCAAAAUGCUUUGCUUCUGAAGCAGCUUGGUAUGUCUGUGAUGAAGCUAUACAGAUUAUGGGAGGUAUGGGCUUCAUGAAGCAUACAGGCCUAGAAAGGAUUAUGAGGGAUUUGAGGAUAUUCAGGAUAUUUGAAGGUACAAACGACAUUCUGCGAUUAUUCGUCGCAUUGACAGGCAUUCAGUAUGCCGGAGCGUCGCUCAGGGAAUUGCAGCAAGCAUUUAAAAAUCCCGCGGCAAAUUUGGGCUUGAUUUUCGGAGAAGCUUCCAAACGAGUGGUGAGAAAAGUCGGUUUGAGUUCGCCACCAGCGAUCGAGCACCUGGUUCAUAGAGACUUAGUCGGUGCGGCGACGAUGUUAGCGAAAGAAAUCGACUCGUUCGGCCAAACGAUAGAAAUGAUUCUAAUAAAAUACGGCAAAGGAAUUGUAAACGAACAAUUCAUCUUGAACAGGAUAGCAAACGCCACUUUCGAUAUAUUUAGUAGCGCCGUCGCGCUGUCGAGGGCUUCCAUGGCGUUGAGCGAAAAUUCAGAUACUGCGACACAUGAGAAGCUGAUGGCACAAGCGUGGACGCUUGAAGCUAUGGACAGAGUUAAGAUUAAUUUGCAGUACAUCCUGAGAGGCCAGAAUUUAGAUAACUUCCAAAAGAUGAGUGCGAUUUCAAAGAAUGUUUGUACUGCAGGGGGUGUAGUACAACUUAACCCCCUUAAGAUUUAGUGUUGUCUAAGCUUUAAAUAAUCUAUUUAUUUUUGUUAUUUUCUAUAAUAUACCACUUUUAAGACUUAUACAUAUGUAAAUAUUUUUGAAUUUGAUAAUAAACUAAUUUGUAUUUGUAUAUAA